CGAGAUGGCUGGCUCUCCUGGCGGUGAGCUGGCUGGCUAUGCUGGUGGCGAGCUGGUGGGCUAUGCUGGCGGCGAGCUGGCUGGAUGGCUGCGUAUGAAACGAAUGGGAACGCUAGUGGGGGAGGAGGGGGGUGGGGGGGGGGGGUCCUACGAACGAAAAUUGCGCGAAGAAGAAGAAGAAGAAGAAGAAGAAGAAGAAGAAGAAGAAGAAGAAGAAGAAGAAGAAGAAGAAGAAGAAGAAGAAGAAGAAGAAGAAGAAGAAGAAGAAGAAGAAGAAGAAGAAGAAGAAGAAGAAGAAAAAGAAGAAGAAGAAGAAGAAGAAGAAGAAGAAGAAGAAAGAAGAAAGAAGAAGAAGAAGAAGAAGAAGAAGAAGAAGAAGAAGAAAGAAGAAGAAGAAAGAAGAAGAAGAAGAAGAAGAAGAAGAAGAAGAAGAAGAAGAAGAAGAAGAAGAAGAAGAAGAAGAAGAAGAAGAAGAAAGAAGAAGAAGAAGACAAAGAAGAAGAAGACAAAGAAGAAGAAGAAGAAGAAGACAAAGAAGAAGAAGAAGAAGAAGAAGAAGAAGAAGAAGAAGAAGAAGAAGAAGAAGAAGAAGAAGAAGAAGAAGAAGAAGAAGAAGAAGAAGAAGAAGAAGAAGAAGAAGAAGAAGAAGAAGAAGAAGAAGAAGAAGAAGAAGAAGAAGAAGAAGAAGAAGAAGAAGAAGGAAAAGAAGAAGAAGAAGAAGAAGAAGAAGAAGAAGAAGAAGAAGAAGAAGAAGAAGAAGAAGAAGAAGAAGAAGAAGAAGAAGAAGAAGAAGAAGAAGAAGAAGAAGAAGAAGAAGAAGAAGAAGAAGAAGAAGAAGAAGAAGAAGAAGAAGAAAAACAAUGACAACGGAAGCGUGGUGCUAGGAAGAUUUUCUAACCUAGCUCCAUACCAUGUGAAACUAGUGAGAGAAAAGUUGACUAGAAAGUGGGGAGUAGAAAUAUAAUCAGAGUAUUAUUCCCUCACA